GAUUUUUUUUUCUUUUUCUUUUCUUUGCCACCAAAGCCUCGUCGCAGAAUUGGAGCUGCCGGAAAUUGAAAUUGACGAUGGAGGACCACUGCAGGCGAGUCGUCCCAUUGGAGACACUGGCCAACGCGCGUGCGCUGCGUUCCGUCAUGGCAGCAGCAAUGGCACCUGGCUCUGCUGCGCACUCACUCGCUGGUGCUGUUGCGGACGUGGCAGUGACCUCGCAGCAGCAGCAGCAGCAGCCAAACCAGCACAGUCCAUGUGCGGGUCCAGCGCCGCUAUUCGGGUCGACCCAUGCUGCCCCUCCUGCUGCCGAUGCUGCUGCCAGCGACGGACGCUGGACUCUGCGCAGUGGACGCCCAGUCCCAUGGAUGCAAGCACUGAAGGCGGGCAGUGCGCCGCUGCUGCUGUGGCCCUCCUGCUGGCGUGGGAAUGCACCGCCUGCCAAUCGCCAAAUACAGCAGGCUUCUUGGUCUGCCAGUACUCGAGCGGCAACCCUCGAGCAAUCCGACAACAGCAGCAGCAGCAGCAGCAGCUACAGAAGCAGCAGUGUGAAUCAGAUCCAUCAUCAUGCUGCUGCUGCUACGUCCAAACGCGCUGCUCUUGCCGCCUCAGUCGUGGAAGGUCCAGGCGCCACGGCGACCAAUCCCCAGAGCACAACGCUGGCUCCAGCGCCCGAUCCAAAGUGGGAGCGCGUCCGACUGACACGUCACAUGCUCACCACCACGGAGAGCGCCAUUUCAGGCGCAGUUGCUGGCGCCGUGGCUCGAUGCGCGAUUGCUCCGCUCGACGUGCUAAAGAUUCGGUUUCAGCUCCAGCUGGAGCCUGCUGCCGGCAAGGCAAAGUACACAGGUAUCCUGCAAGCGUUGAGAUUGAUUGUUCGAGAAGAAGGCAUCAGCGCUCUGUGGAAGGGCAACCUGACAGCUGAACUCUUGUACAUGGCGUACGGCGCUUCCCAGUUUGCAUUCUUCCACUCGUACAAGUCGAUGAUCUUGACCCUCCAAUACGGCCACAUGCCUGUCGGCGAGCGUGGCACCGAGCUGGAUCCUGUGUCCUCGUUUGUGGGAGGUGCUCUUGCCGGCAUGCUGGCAACGGUUGUUUCAUUCCCGUUCGACACGAUGCGCACGCGCUUGGCGUCGCAAGGAGAGCCUCGUGUCUACCGCUCCUUGUUUCAUGCAGCACAAAUGAUUGCACUGAACGACGGCCUUCGCGGGUUCUACAAAGGGUUGGUUCCUGGCGUCAUUCAAAUAUUUCCCUACAUGGGCUUGCAGUUUUGCUUUUACGAGUCUUCCAAGCGAACCUUUCGAUGGAUUCUCAAUCCAGAACAUCCGCAACAUGUGAACUUGUCACAAUUGCAAGUCACCGCUUGCGGAGCCGUCGCCGGGGCGCUCAGUAAAUUCACCGUUCUACCUUUGGACAUUGUCAAGAAACGUUUGCAGGUUCAAGGGUUUGAGGAGCCGCGGUUUCGCUUUGGACGACAGCAGACGUACCUGGGUAUGCGAAACGCAAUGCAAAUUAUGCUCGCGCAGGAGGGCGUGCGCGGUUUUUUCAAAGGUGGCUUGCCAAGCGUGCUCAAGUCCAUGCCAUCUACCGCCAUCACCUUUGCCGUAUACGAGUGGAUGUGCACGUGGUUUGCAAAUCGCCAUGUGCCAGAGUGAGCCGAUCGCCCAUUUUGUCCUUCGCCGUACCAUUCUUUGCUUUGGACGAACCAAACAGGCAGCAUCUUCUUCUCGGUUGACAACGUCUUCUCGAUACGCUUAUCUUCAGGGGCUCGUGAUAGACUCGACCUUCCAGCGGUUUCUUUGUACUCUAAUACAAUAUUUAUUCGGCAAUCGCCUCACAGCUUCCGCC